UAUCGCCACCACGGCAGCUUCCACUGGGGUCUGCAGACCCACGCUGCGCUACGAGCACGGACCUUAAGAGAGGAACGUUACACAUCUCAUGCAAGCUACCCAGAGUCCUACGCCACAUACGAACAAGCUGGUACAGUGCUGUUCAGGAACGCCGCAGUCCGUAAUCCAGUUCUGAACUUCCUUUUCUUCCUCCUUGGGAGGGUGUUUGCAGCCGCUUCUGGAGAGGACACUUCGCAGACACCGUCUAUCAGUGAACCGAGCGUUACGAAUCAUGCUGCCACCAUCACUACCAACCAUUCAACUCCUUAUGGUGAGUUUCGUGCUCUCUCGUGAGAUCUCUGGCCACUUCCUACCAGCAGAGGAGGGCUUGGCUCGCGGCGCUGCAGUCGCCGCCUCCCCUGCCGCUCCCGCCGCCCACGCCGCCCCCGGCGCCCUGGACAACAGCACAUCGGCCGAUGUGUGGGGGCGGGCCCCGCGGUCGCCCUGUUCCUGCGCCGAUGGCCAGUGCGGCUGCUGCACAGGCUUCCUGCUCUCGCAGCUCAACAUCAACCUCCGCCAGAGGGGUUGUGUAAAUGUGACAUACGAUCCGGAUGAUUUUGCUAUGAACAUGGCGUUAUACUUCAACGAUCGUGUUCUUUACUCCAAUACCGUGUCAGGGAAGAACCCUCGGCCGGUGUGCGUGUCGGUGCCGCGGCUGCCGAUCCUGCAGAUGUGCGUGCGCUUCUCCAACGUGUACCUGGCGGGCCGCAACAUCCACGCGUGCGUGUCGCUGCUGGCGCGCUGGGACGGCGACCAGGUGUUCCGGCGAGACCUGGACUGCGUGCGCCUCGGCGCCGACGGCGUCGCCGUCGUGACGCCGGAGCAGGGCGGCGGCCUGCCGCUCGGCAGCACCGGCGGCGGCGACGACGAGGACGUCGACGACUACGACGACCCCGAGGACCCGGACGCGCAGAGCGCGGCCGCCGACGGCGACGACGACGACGACGACGACGACGACGAGGAUGACGACGACGACGGCGACGACGACGACGACGACGACGACAGCAUUUUGUAGACUCCCUGUUUUGCUGAAACUGCUCUCGAUCAACUGUGCAGCUGCGGCUGUGUUUUACAUCCCAGUCAACAUGAUUGUGAACAGGAUUCCGAUACCAUCGUGACGGUGUUCAAUCAUUUUUACAAUAAAGAAGCGUGUGGCGAUAUUAAGAUUUUAAACAUGGCUCAAACAGCAACUGUUGAUAUUCUCCACGGUAAAUGAGGACAGCCAAAACAGUUACAGAAUAAAGAUUUAUUAAAAUUCUUGACCAAGGUUUCGGUAUAUAUAAAAUACCUUCAUCAGAAGUAAAAAAUCCUGAACAGGAAGACACUUUCAUUAGCAAAAACUUAGCAUAGAAAAUGAGAAAGAAAAAACACUAAAGCUUAAGUAACCGUAAAAAUUACCAGAGUAAUACAGGCACAAAAUCUUUUAGUUACUUACUAAAAUUACAUCCUGCAGUGGAGAUUAAUAAAACAACUGUGCCAAAGGCGUCGUCAAUAGUUAAGACAUCAUUUCCAUUUGUACAACAUGGUUAUGGACACAGGGUCAAUGCGAACACAGUUCAGCACUAGUACUUAGCCUGUGAACUAUCGUGACGAGAGUGUGAAAGCACUGGGGCACAUGGUUUCGCCGAGAGAGGGCACUUGUGGAAUGUGCCAGACACUCGCGCAUGUUAAAAUCCAUGGAUGCAUACACAAGCGCAACAAAAUUAUUAAAAGUUGUGAUAAGUCAACCUUGUGUCUUAAUAAAUAAAACAUAUCAGACCAUUUAAAACAUCUGUGUAAAAUUGAAAAUAUGGAACCGAUUUACCUGUGUCCUAGUGUCGAACAUAUGGAGCUUGCGCUAUGGAACACAUCUAACGAGAGGGGACACUAGUGUCAUGCCCAAUAAUCUCGCGUAACGUAAGCGGGAAAAUCCAUACUACCGAAAACAAUCAGAAUGUUACAGUAAAACGAAACCAUCUGUCAUUGUGAAUAAAAAAACAUACCAGUCAAUUAACUACACGUACACAUCGAAAAUCACAAACAGCAAACCUCAAAAAUACGUAAAAUCCCAACAAGACAGGAAAAACUCAUUUCAUCGGCAUCAACAGGCAAGAAAACUAACUUCUAGUCAGCCAUACUAUAUUACAUUAAGGCAAGAAGGGGUUUGAAACAGUAAAAAAAAAAAUUUGUUUCUAAGCUGCACCUGUUCAUUAAGAAUAAAACCAUCUUUUAGUGACAGAUGCUUGAAAAUCUCUAGUUCUUCGAGCAAGUCCAGUUUGUAACCCUUACUCGCUUCAUGAAGCAAUUCUAUGUCAUCCAGUUUACGUGGCGUAUGCUGUAAGAGCCAUAGAUGUUCGGCAAACGUGCAAUUCUGUACAUUUUCCCCAUUUUUACCUAGCAAGUGUUCUUUAUACCUUACCUGUCUGUCAAAUGUACUACUUUGGGUAGUCGUUACAAGUAAUUUUGUAAACUCCGGAUUUAGUGCCAAUUACUUGUAACGACUACCCAAACUAUUACAUUGGACGGCCAGGUAGACCCAUUAAAGUAAGGUAUAUUUAUAUAUACCGAAACCUUGGUCAAGAAUUUUAAUAAAUCUUUACGCUGCAAUUGUUUUGGCUGUCAUCACUUACCGUGAUGUGGCGAUGUGACUACUGCAGUGUCCAGCUGUUUUAGAAUGUGAUGACAGAAAAGUACAAGUCUUGGUUGUAAAACAGAUUUUCUUGUUUCUUCUGUAGACUUCAUACAGAGCGAACACUCCAUCGACAAAAUUUCGAAUGUUGUAUGGCGGUAUUUUGUCACUAUAAGGUAUCUGUUGUCGACAGUCUUUCUACUAAGUAACUAGAUUCCACUUGGCUUCUUACUCCAUUUUUGUAUCUGCAUUACACUACAAGUACCUGUACAACAGUGUCAUUGUCAACUGUAUGCGAUUUGUACGUCCUUUGGAAAAAAGUUGUUCCGUUCAUUCACGGUACUUGCUGUUAGCCCCGCGGGAUUAGCCGAGCGAUUUAAGGCGCUGCACUCACGGAGUCUGCGGCUGGUCCCGGCGAAGUUUCGAGUCCUCCCUCAAGCAUGGGUGUGCGUGUUUGUCCUUAGGAUAAUUUAGGUUAAGUAGUGUGUAAUCUUAGGGACUGAUGACCUUAGCAGUUAAGUCCCAUAAGAUUAAAAAAAAUGGAAAAGCUUCGCAAUGCACGACAUGGAACGCUAUCCCUCAGCGCUACAACGACGUCACAAUACUUUUGCAUCUGAAGAUUCUUCCAUUGAUACACAAUUUGUACUGCACUUUUUGGUGAAUGUAUAUUUCCGGCUUUUUCAUCGUUGUGAAUAUUUUCUCACAGAAACAAAGUUAAUGGGUUAACAAAACGAGUACAUUAUAUUCACAUUAUUAUUGAGUAUAAAGACAGUGGAAAUUAAGGGGCUAUUAUCUAAAAAUAACCUUACUAAUAUCUCUGAGAAAUUUCUGAAAUUUUGUCGGUAGAGUUAAAGUUCGCCCAGUAUAUUACUUUCGAAAUCAACGAGACGUCUGACGUGGCACAAAGAGUUCAAAUCGUUUCAGCAGACAACUAUAAUGUUGUGAUCGAAAGCUCUUUUGGCAAGUGGGUUCCGCGAAGUAUGUUAAAAAAAUAGCCGAAUUUUUUGUUUAAUUCUGUCUCCUCCAGAACAGCCCUCCACCACAACCACGAGCACUCGCCAAGUCUACUCAGACACUUUCCGUAUUGUUUCCACUUCGCCACACAGGUGAAAACUUUAAUGUGGAACGUCCUUCAGUACCCUCCUUUUUGUACGGCACAAAACAAGCGUAUCGUUAAAGCUGAGUGAGGCAGGGCGUUGUCAUGGUGAAGGGACAACAAGUUGUUACAAACUUCGUAAAAACAAAAUAGCUGAGAUCCUAAUCUCAUCUGCAAUUUCUCUGAUAGACGAAGAAUACUUCCACCAGAGUCUCAAUUUUCUGAACGUGAUUCCUAUUUGUUGUGGUAGAAGACCUUCCUAAUGGUUUAAAUUACUCUGAGCACUAUGGGACUUAACAUCUGAGGUCAUCAGUCCCCUAGAACGUAGAACUACUUAAACCUAACCAACCUAAGGACAUCGCACAAAUCCAUGCCCGAGGCAGGAUUUAAACCUGCGACCGUAGCAGUCGCGCGGUUCCGGACUGAAGCGCCUAGAACCACUUGGCCACCGAGGCCGGCAGAGACCUUCCUAGUCAAGGGUCAUCUUCAUUUAAUACACAACAACUUUUUAUGUGGUGCACCAUACGUAGCAUCGCGUUCGCUUGAGAAUAUCGUCUCCGCAAGCUUACUUCUGAAGCUCAGACGUCUUCGUGAAGUGGCAGCGUGAAUCUCUCACCCUGCAGCGGAGUGUGCCCUAUUUCGAAACUCGCUGGCAGAUUAAAACUGGUGAGACCACUGCUCCAGGAAAGCAGAAUUCCGAGUUCGAAUCCAAUUCCGAUGGUUUUAGUUCCCGUAAAUAUUUUCCCACAUCUGCACAAAAGGUUGCGUUGCAUCUUUUUGCUCGUGAAUGUGACAUUGCAAAACCCGCAGAAACUCUGCCACCUAUUACUCAACUGACGACUGCUCAAUAAUCAACGAAGUAAUAAACAGUGUUCAGCAAUGUGAUUCUUGGCGUUUACCCGGCGCAUAGAAUAUUACACCAUCUUUCGGGCGUGUAUCCGGCGCAGCAAUAUUUCUUCUUCCAACAGUUCUGCUGAUGCCUUGAAGAUUGCUGUGCGGUUAUAAGCCGAAAUAUCGGAAGAAAAAGAUUUGCUUUGCUGGAUGCACUCCCGAAAUAUGAUGGAAUCGUGUUACACAAUGUGGCUACUCAGCGCUUAUUCAGUGCUACCAACGGAACGUCAGUUUUUUUUUUAAUAGUGUUGGUUGCCAUUGUUAACAUGUACUGUUAAAUAUAUCGUUCGGUACCAUCUUGUGAACGAAACUGAUGAAACAUUACGAUAACCUGAAUUUAAUGCUAUAUUUAAAAGACAUUUACAGUGUAGUGACGAAAAGCGCAUAAUUAUCAUGGUUGAUGUAGACUACUGCAUUCCAUUUAUAUUAGUUUAUUUAAAUAUUAUUUAUUGUCUGUGGUUGCUAAUUGUACAUCUCUUGCUUGUAGGCACAUACAUUAAAAUCACAUUGUAGAAUCAUUUUGACAAAUGAAGUCAGUGUCAUAAUUAACAAUUAUUCACAAAAUUUCGAGUAGAAAACCUCCGUGUCAUGUUCCAAGUGUAAGAGGUAGUCAAUGGCGAUUACUUUUGAAAUAAUAAAGUUUACUUACUUUUUU